CAGCUCAUUGGCUCCUAGGGAUAUGCAGGGUCCUCUAGGACAGAGCCUGUGGUGCGGGUAUUGCUCAUAGGCAGAUUCUCAAGCUCCCCAAAGUUACAUUUUCUCUGGAACUCUCCUAGGCCACUCCCCGCUGAUGCAAUAUCUGGGUUUGGGCAGAAAGGAGGGUGCUUCCGAGCCCGCCCUCUCUGAGUUUCCUGGGCCGGCUCUAGAACAAUUCAGGCUUUGCUGCAACUCAGACCUCAGCUCCAACAUAUGCAUUCUGAAGAAAGAUGGCUGAGACGGACAGAAUGCUUCAUUCUGGAAAGAAACAAUGUUCUAGGUCAAACUGAGUCUACCAAAUGCAGACUUUCACAAUGGUUCUAGAAGAAAUCUGGACAAGUCUUUUCAUGUGGUUUUUCUACGCAUUGAUUCCAUGUUUGCUCACAGAUGAAGUGGCCAUUCUGCCUGCCCCUCAGAACCUCUCUGUGCUCUCAACCAACAUGAAGCAUCUCUUGAUGUGGAGCCCAGUGACCGUGCCUGGAGAAACAGUGUACUAUUCUGUCGAAUACCAGGGGGAGUAUGAGAGCCUGUACACGAGCCACAUCUGGAUCCCCAGCAGCUGGUGCUCACUCACUGAAGGUCCUGAGUGUGAUGUCACUGAUGACAUCACGGCCACUGUGCCAUACAACCUUCGUGUCAGGGCCACAGUGGGCUCACAGACCUCAGCCUGGAGCAUCCUGAAGCAUCCCUUUAAUAGAAACUCAAGAACAUGUCAAAAUGGUGAGGAGCGGGGGUAUUCCAGUGCACCUAGAAACCAUGGAACCAGGGGCUGCAUACUGUGUGAAGGCCCAGACAUUCGUGAAGGCCAUUGGGAGGUACAGCACCUUCAGCCAGACAGAAUGUGUGGAGGUGCAAGCUUCCUAGGCCUGGGCACCAGGUGUUGCAAGACUGGUUUACCAGAGAGUUACUGCCUGAGAAUCAGAGCGGGCUGCAGGAGAGGCAGUCACAGGCGUCAGAGGGUCAGACCUUGGAAGGAGGCACUACAUUGUACAACGCCACAGCCUUCUUCAUCUGGAAGGGACCUUAUGGAAAGUCUAGAGAAUCCUCGUUUGAAUUACUCUUUUCCCUUGAAUAUUUUAAGGAGAGGCCAUUCCGCUGGUACUGGCUCUGUUUGCCUUUGUUGGCUUCAUGCUGAUCCUUGUGGUCGUGCCACUGUUCGUCUGGAAAAUGGGCCGGCUGCUCCAGUACUCCUGUUGCCCCGUGGUGGUCCUCCCAGACACCUUGAAAAUAACCAAUUCACCCCAGAAGUUAAUCAGCUGCAGAAGGGAGGAGGUGGAUGCCUGUGCCACAGCUGUGAUGUCUCCUGAGGAACUCCUCAGGGCCUGGAUCUCAUAGGCUUGCGGAAGGGCCCAGGUGAAGCCGAGAAGCUGGUCUACAUGAUGUGGAAACCAUGAGGGGACAAGUCGUGUUUCUGUUUUCCGACACAGACAAGGGGUGAGAGAAGUAGGAAGAGCCUGUUGUCUACAAGUCUAGAAGCAACCACCAGAGGCAGGGUGGUUUGUCUAACAGAACACUGACUGGGACUUAGGAGAUGUGACCUCUAGACUGGGGGCUGCCAUUUGCUGGCUGAGCAACCCUGGGAGAAGUGACUUUAUCCCUUUGGUCCUAAAUUUUCUCAUCUGUAAUGGGGGAAUUACCUACACACCUGCUAAACACACAGACACAGAGUCUCUCUCUAUACACACACGUACACAUAUAACACUCAGCACUUGCAAGGCUAGAGGGAAACUGGCGACACUCUAAAGUCUGACUGAUUCAGUGUUUCUGGAGAGCAGGACAUAAAUGUAUGAUAAGAAUGAUCAAGGACUCUACACACUGGGUGGCUUGGAGAGCCCACUUUCCCAGAAGAAUCCUUGAGAGAAAAGGAAGCAUGGGAGCAAUGGUGUUGAGUUCACUUCAAGCCCAAUGCCGGUGCAGAGGGGAAUGGCUCAGUGAGCUCUACAGUAGGUGACCUGGAGGAAGGUCACAGCCGCAAUGAAAAUGGGAUGUGCAUGAACACAGAGGAUCCAUGAACUACUGUAAAGUGUUGACAGUGUGUGCACACUGCAGACAGCAGGAGAAAUGUACGUGUGCAAUGCAACAAGAAUGCAGAAGUCAGUAACAUGUGCAUGUUUGUUGUGCUCCUUUUUUCCUGUAGAGUUGCUAAAGUACAGAAUUUAGCAAAUAAAAAGGGGCCACCCUGGCCAAAAGUGGUC